AUGGAUAUCCCUCCAGCAUGUCCAGUCUGCAACAAUCUUGCGAAAAUUGAUGGGCCGCAAUCGUAUGGACCUAUCGAGCCGAGCGCGCUCAAGGAGAGGGCUUUAAGCGGGAAAUGUGUUUUCUGUCCCUUGCUCUUGGAAGCUGUGCAAGCUAUUGAAGAUGUGGCUGAAGAGACUGUGAUGGUUAUUGAUCUGGCUAAUAGGCUUGGGGUGUCUGCUUCGGAUGGAACUUUGUUUCUUAAGGUGAGAUAUGGAAGUGGGAAGAGAGAGGUCUUUGAGCUUUAUAGUAUUGAAGGUUAUUACUCUCAACUCUCUUUCAUGAAACCUUUUCAGAAAAUCAAACAUCUAAGAGAUAUACCUGGAGACACAUCAUCCAUAGCAUCUCUGAGCUGGGUGAAAGAGAGAAUCAGCGAAUGCAAUAUAUCACACGCAGAGUGCUUUUAUGACACCCAAAGUAUAUUGCCCAAAAGGGUGCUUGACCUAGGUGACCCUGUCCUCUCAGAUUCAGAACGUCUUGGGAAAGGUGUCAAGCUUGUUGAGACGAAUGGGGCCAGAGCCGCAUACUUCUGUCUCAGUCACUGCUGGGGUGCUUCGCUUCCAUUGAGCACAACACAGUCCUCACUAGACAGUCACCUCAAGAAUAUUGCCUGGUCAACUCUUCCCAGGACAUAUCAAGAUGCUAUCACGUUUACCAGAAACAUGGGCGUCCGAUACCUCUGGAUCGAUUCCGUCUGCAUAAUCCAAGACUCCCCCUCCGACUGGCGCACGCAGUCCUCCCUCAUGGGCUUAAUCUACAAAUCUUCAUCCCUCGUCCUCGCAGCCGCAAUGUCGACAUCCGCCCACCACGGCUGCUUCUCCCAAUCUCCAUCCUACAAAUGGUCCGCCGACCUCCCUCUUGCCAUCCAAAACCAGCCCAUCACAUUCCGCAUUCGCCGCCAGGUCCCCCACGAAUCAUACAUGUCCUACCACACCUCCACAACCCAAGCGCCCCUCUUCCACCGCGCCUGGAUCUUCCAAGAACGCAUUCUCGCGCCCCGCGUUCUCUUCUUCAUGACCGGCGAACUGAUAUUCAAAUGCUGCCACCACACGCUCUGCGAAUGCGCCAGCGAAUGGCUCGUCCAUGACCGCAACUGGCUCUACGACGCCGCGCUUCAGGACCCGGCGGAAUGGUCUAAACACUGGCACGAUUGGGUGCAUCUCUAUUCCCGUCUGGCCUUGACCUAUGAAUCUGAUAAACUGCCUGCGAUUUCUGGGCUGGCGAAUGAAGUGUGUAAACUCACGAAAGGGGGGUUGGGAACGUAUCUUGCAGGCCUGUGGAGGGAGACCCUGGCGGUGGAUUUGCUGUGGUAUGUCCAAGAUCAUUCGCGUCUUCCGCCGCCAGCGCAAAAACGCAUUCCGUCGUGGUCGUGGAUGGCGGUGAACAGUCAAGUGUCAUUCAAAAAAUCGAAUCCCCUUGUCAAACAAACCGCUAUCACAAUAGAUGCGCAAACAACCCACGCAACAGACGACCCAUUCGGUCAAAUUUCCUCUGCCUCCCUCACGCUCUCCGGCUUUCUAAGCCCCGUAUCGUUGCGCUACUUUAAUGAAGGCGCAACUCCUGACACGGACGAGGUGGAUUGGCGUAUCUAUCAUAAUUUCGCGGUUGGAGACGCGGAAACGGGCUUUAUGGGCGUGGCGAUGGAUAUGUCUUGGGACGUGAAGGAGGGGUGGAGGAGUGUUGGCGAGGAUCUUUGGGAGUUCGGCCAGGAGGUGUAUGCGUUCGAGGUGGGGGAGAGUCCGAUUACGUGUUUUGAAUUGAUUUUGAGGGGGGUGAGGGGGAGGGAGGGAGUGUUUGAGAGGAUUGGGUUGCUUGCGAAACAGGUUGGUGGGGUAAGGGAGGGGAGGCAGAGGAGGGAGAUUUUUAUCGUCUAG